AUGGCGACGACUACGACAACGGCCAAGGACUCGCCCGCCUCGGCCGUGAUCCUCAGCCACGCGGCGCCGCAGGCCUACAACUUCCGCUUCUCGGCCUUUCUGCGGCAGACGCACCAGGUCGGCCUGGCGCCCGACCGCCCCGUGUGCAAGGCGUUCCAGACAGGCUCGUGCCCCAACGGCACGCGCUGCUCGGAGCGCCACGUCGCCGACGCGCGCUCCUCGCAGCCCUCGGGCGGGCUCAACUCGCUCGUCUGCAAGCACUGGCUGCGGGGGCUGUGCAAAAAGGGCAAGCACUGCGAGUUCCUCCACGAGUACAACCUGCGCAAGAUGCCCGAGUGCAACUUCUUCAUGCGCAACGGCUACUGCUCCAACGGCGAGGAGUGCCUCUACCUCCACGUCGACCCCAUGUCCCGCCUACCGCCCUGCCCCCACUACGACAUGGGGUUUUGCCCCCUCGGCCCGCUCUGCUCCAAGAAGCACGUCCGCCGCAAGCUCUGCGUCUUCUACCUCGCCGGCUUCUGCCCCGAUGGGCCCGAGUGCAAGCAGGGCGCUCAUCCCAAGUGGUCCAAGGAUCUUGACAAGCCCACGGCCAAAUCGGAUGAGAAAAAGGACGAGGAUGGACGGGUGGACAGCCUGUUCCCGCGCGGCGACGACGACGGAGAGCGCGGGAGAGAUGGCAUGCGCGAUAGGGACGAGGGCAGGUUCGGACGACACGGGCGGGGAGGUGGCGGCGGCGGGAAGUGGAGAGGAGGCAGAGACAGGCGGUUUCGGGGGAGAGGGCACUAG